AUGGUACCGAGACACCGGGCGAUGGUCGGUACGCUUCCAGCAAGGUGCAGCGAAAGCGAGCCCCAAAUGACCCUUCCGGUGCUCACGAACACGCCAGGUCGCAGACCAAUCAGAAGAGCUUGUGCGGACUGCCACGCUCGAAAGGUCAAAUGCGAUGGGGCAACAAGGGGAUUUCCAUGCAGUAAUUGUAGAUCGGCUCAUGUCGACUGUUGCAUCACGGAACGGCGGAAGCGACGAAAGCUUUCGGACAGUAGUCGCCCGAGUACCCAACAGGGUAGAAGGAGAGAUGUCGAGGCUGGGGACAUCUCGCCUGGAAGACCUGCCCCGGCCUACAGCUACAGUUUCAUCGAGGCAGGGUCAGACGACCAGCAUGCUCCUAAUACAGCCACCAGUGGCUGGGUUGCUGUCGCAAACCCUGACGUGAACCGCAGUGACCAAGGUGACACUGAGGCUGAUCAACCCCCGGUACCGGGCAAUGAUGAAUAUGCCGGCGAAUCUGAGCUGGCCAGACGGCAUCUGACGGACUUCUUCAACCAAGACUUGCAAACCAAUCCCAUCAAAGCCCGGUCAACCUAUGUGGGAAGCGAGCUCUCCAAUCUCUACUUUCUCACUCGGCAGAGAUCUGCGGAAGAGCAUGUCUAUCAUUAUCCCUGCUCGAAUGUCUACGUUCCACGUGGAUUUAGAAGCUCUCAGACAUCAGCUACUCCGAACCUAAUCCCCAAAGAUGCCUUCGUACUUCCUCCCGGCAACAUAUCUGCCAAGCUCAUCGAUGCAUACUUUACCCAUGUCCAUCCAAUGUUCCCAGUCAUUGACAAGGAGAAGUUUUUGGAACAGUAUCAGGCGUCGGACUCGGCACCACCGAUCCUUUUGAUGCAAGCUAUUUGUCUGGUCGGCAGUCACAUGAGCACAUUCCACAAUAUUCAAAAUCUGAAGGUCGCUUUCUUCCGACGAGCAAAAGCUCUCCUUGAUGGCCGUUACGAAGAGGACCGAAUGCAUACCGUCCAAGCUGCCUUGCUCUUGACAUGGUUCUCAGAUGGAGGUGAUGAUAUUUGUGCUAAUGCAUGGUGGUGGAUCGGUGUGGCCGCUAGGGUUGCUGUCGGAUUGGGGAUGCAUCGGGAUGUUACACACAGCAAGAUGCCUGAAAGCGAUAAGCGACUUUGGAAAGUGAUAUGGUGGUGCCUGGUCCAGUUCGACUGCCUUGUGUCUCUCUCCUUUGGGCGGCCUCUUGCGAUCAACCUUGACGACUGUGAUGUCCGCCCCCUGCAAGCAAGCGAGUUGGAGCCUUCAAUUACUCCUGAGCAAGCCAAGUUCGUGGUGCACCAUGCGAAACUGUGCGAGACCAUCUCAGACCUAAUCCACUCAUACUUCACCAUCAAGGCUCGCAAGUCGGGCUCCAGCAGGAAGGACGCUCUUGAAGUCGUCGACAGUGCUCUAGCUAAGUGGGCCGCCGAACUACCGCCAGCUUUCCGCGAACAAACCACCCACGGAAUAGAGACACGCCCUUUCCCAUUAUUGCUCCAUCUCACAUACAACACCGUCCUCCUUCAGUUUCAUCGACAGUCCUUGGUCUCUGCAUCCGAUAGUGGUAUUGCCAUGGAGUUCAGCAGUGACGAAGAAAUCUGUGCCGAUGCUGCUUCGAAUAUUGUUCGCAUAUUCCAACAACUACGUGAGCAGUCCGUUCUUCAAUAUUGUUGUUUCUGGACUUCGAGCAGCCUUUUUGCGGCAAUGCUUCAUGUGAGUGGAGAGCUCAAGUGCUCGAACCGGAUCCUCAAUCUACGCAGUAAGGAGAAGUACGAGUCGGCCCUAAAGUCUCUGAGCAAGCUCGCGGGGCAUUGGAUUUCCGCCUCCUCGGUACUCCGGCUCUUCCAAUCUUCCAAGUCGGGCCAUCUGUUCAACAAAGCUAGUCAUGUCCAACCAACAUCUGUGACAUCUCCGCCGAGGCGACAAAGAAUCGAUGACGAUCGUUCUAAUUCAGAGAUGGCAUCACCUGUCGAACUGAGGGGCCUAAACUCUCAACCCUAUCCAGAUCAAGCACGCGUGCCGUUGCAGGAAAUGGAUUGGGUUCAGCCGGCAUCGUUUUCCGAAGUGCAGGACUUUAACAAUAGCAACAUGCACAUCGAACUGAAUCGAUGGCAAAAUAAUAUGGACGACUGGCAAUCUAUCUAUUGGAGCGAUCCGCUGUCUAUGAUUACUCUGGGUGAUAAUUCUGGCAUCUUCGAUUUCUAAAUUCUCC